GUUUAUAACACUCUUAUUUCUUCUGCUCAUAAUCAACUUCACUUCAACCAAAACGGCAUCGUUUAAUGCCUCUCCGGUGGUGAUAGUGCAGGUAUGCCGCCCACGCCGCCGUUACUCCUCCCUGAUCACCUUAUCGAAGAAGUCAUAUCAUUUCUUCAUGUGAAAUCUCUUAUGCGACUCAAGUGCGUUUCCAAGUCAUGGAACACUCCCAUAUCCGAUCCCACAUUUGUCCAACUGCACCUUCAACGGUCACAAAGAAAUAAGAACCUACUACUCACAUACGGUGAUUACGAGAAUUUCGGUUUCGUAUCCUUACCUAUAAGUCGCUUACUAGGUAAUAAUACUAAUAGGAAUACAUCCAUCACCCUUUCCUCUCACCAAUUGAAACACAAGGAAUGUCGCCAAGUCAUUGGUUCAUGCAACGGAUUGAUCUGUUUGUUUCAUUAUACCACAUCCAAUUCCUGGUUCCGUGUCUGGAACCCAGCCACAGGGACAAUAUCUGAUAGAUUUGGACAUUUUCACAAACCUCGCAGCAAACUAACGCCUAGAACGCUCGGGUACACAUUUGUUUAUGAUAUUUCAACUAACAAUUAUAAGAUUGUGGCGUUCGGUUAUAGAUUUAUCAAGGUUUUUUGUUUUAAUAGUAAUGUUUGGAGAGAAAUUCAAAGCUUACCGGACAAAAUGAUUAUUGUUGGUAAUCAAAACUAUAAAGGUGUGUGUUUGGAUGGCACUUUAAUUUGGUUUGCCUUUUUGAAUGAAAUCCCAUAUAAUGAUUGGCGGGAUACUUUUUCUGUUGUGAGAUAUUUUAUAAUCUCGCUGGAUCUUGCUACCGAAACACGUCGAGAGUUUUCGCCUCCUCCGGUUUUUGACGAUGCCUCUGAUGUUAUUGAUCCAAGUAUUGCUGUGUUGAUGAAUAGCCUUUGUUUUUUUUAUAACUUUAAAAGGACCCAUUUUGUUGUAUGGCAGAUGACAGAAUUUGGAGUUGAUCGAUCUUGGACUCAACUCUUUAAAAUUAGUUAUGAGAGUCUUCAAGUAGAGCAUUUCUUUUGUGACUUUUAUGGUAUGUUGUCACUGUAUCCCUUGUAUCUUUCUGAAAAUGGUGCAACACUGAUAUUGGAGAGCAGUCGAGAAGACCAAGCAAUUAUCUAUAAUUCGAUAGAUAAUAGAGUUGAGCGAACUAGAAUUACGAAUAAAAUAGAUUGGCGUUUUUCUGAGGGCUAUUUCGAAAGUUUGGUUCCAAUUAAUUCCCUGAAAGAAAUUGCUUCUGGUUGAAUGGAGCAAUGGAAUUAGUACAAAAUGUGGAUGCAUUGUUGAGAGUUAUGCAUUCAGUUUUUGCUUGUGUUUGAUUUCAGUGUUUCACUUUUCUGUGUAAUGAGUCCUUUUCACACCCGCAACAGCAAGCGCAUGAGGCGUUAUCGGUGUUAGAUGGCAAGGUGUUUGAAAGAAGCGAAGAAAUAGGCUUAUUGGUGCUUUGAUUUUUUAGUUUUAAUACUCAUUUUGUGUAAGAUAGUUCUUUUUUGAAGUGUCUGUAGAAAUUUACUGCUAAAUAAUUGUGUUGUUUUUCAGCGUUUGUAAUAACUUUACUCAAGGAAAGAAGAUAUUCUCCAACUCUUUAUAAGUAAUCCAAGAACAACUUUUGUUGACCA